GACCACUGUGAACACCUACACCUUCACCCUGCAACGAAGCAACGAAAACGAUGUAUUUAACUGUACAGCACGUAACACACAGGCCGCCUUAUGGACUUCUGUACAGUAUAUUAACAUCUAUGCUGUUCCAGGAAAUCCAACCAUGACUGGCCCAAACACCUUCUAUGAAGGGACUUCAAAUAAUUGGUAUUGUCAGGCUGUUGGAGGCUACCCGGCCCCCAGUAUUAGUUGGUAUCUAGGAGGUGCUUUCCAGACCGGAGGGGGAACCACCGUUGACACAGUCGACAACACCUAUACUGUCGAUAGCACAUUCACUCGUACAGCUCAGGCCACAGAUAACGGGAAACUGCUGGAGUGUAGAGUCACUCAUAGCACACUAGAUCAACCAAAGACUACUAGUAAAACUCUCACCGUCUAUUCGCCACCGACCGUUACCAUAACCCCUAAUGUCAGGAAUGUACUGUCUGGAAACAGCGUCACACUCAUUUGUUCGGUAACUAGCUCUCUGUCCCUUUACACUGUUGCCUGGUACAAGUUGGGAGUAAACACGGCCCUGACCUCUAACACCGUGUAUGCAGUAAGUGGAAAUUCACUGACAAUCCUGAGUGUAUCCCAAGAGUAUGCUGGAAUUUAUUACUGCACAUCAGCCAAUGAUGCUGGAACCUCAACACACAGCAAUAGCGUACAGGUUGUCCUUUACACUCAACCAAACAGUGCUACCAUCAACCCUACCAGCGUAACGACAAAGCUUGGUGACGACUUCACCGUGACAUGUUCGGCCAGUGCUUCUCCUAGCAACAACGCCUUAAGCUACUCAUGGAGAGUUAAUGGCAAUGAAGUUUCGUCCAAUGCUGUUUCUGACAGUGACCAAUGUCCAGAAGGAUGACUCGGGGACAUAUACUUGUGAAGCCUCAAACUCGUAUGGCUCAACUACUGCAGAUGUGGUGAUAGAUGUCCAAUAUGCACCAGAGAGCGCCGUGACACAGUCAUCUCAAACGGCAGCUGUAGGUACCACUGUUUCUCUGUCAUGUGACACAGAUUCCAACCCUGAGCCUACACGCUACGCCUGGAGUGAAGGAAGCACUUCUCUCUCUUUAACUGGCAAAGUCAUCUCUAUAUCGGUGGAGUCUGGCAGUACAACAUACACCUGUCGGGCCUCUAACUCUGUUGGUGAGUCCGGAAAUAUUGACUUUUUGGUUACUGGUACAUCAUCAGACACAGGAUCCGAGCCAGAUACAGGGGCUUCUACUGGAGAUACAGGGACAGGUCUGUCUGUAGGAGUCAUCGUCGCCAUUGUGUUGGGUAUCCUCUUCAUCCUCUUCAUCAUCAUCCUCAUCAUUGUGUGCUGUAUAUGCUCAGGAAGCUGUAAAAAGAAAGAUAAGAAGAAAAGUCGAAUCACUCCUAAACCGCUGCCUGUUGAGAAACUUAAAGAACAGCCUGCCUAUAUUGAAACCUCCACUCCCAGAUACAAAGCAAGGCCGUACAGCAAUGGUUUGGAACCCUCAAUUGUGUCACGGAAGCAUGUUGAUGUGGACAUGGAGAGCUCUGAUGGGUAUGGCUAUGGUGUGGUACACGGCGGCAACUACCCUCCUGAAACAUUCAGGAGUACAACAUCUCGUUUCCUCCUGAGAGCACCACCUACCGCUGUGGAGAGCGAAAACGGAACAAUCAUAUCUGUAUAUGAUGACAGCAAUCAUCAGAUGUCAAAACGUAAGCGACCCGUCCACCUAUCAAAGGAACAUACCUACGCAGAACUCGAGCACUACCCGUCGUAAAGAACGACGACGACGCAAAAAGAAGCGUCACCACAAACGUGAAUCGGGAGAAGGAGAAGAAAGUCCGCCAAGGAAGGAAAGAAGAGAGAGGGACGAAUCUGAACAUAGGGAUGGCAGUCCGAGAAGGAAGGAACGAAGGGAAGAGUCAAGUCAUAGGAGGACAAGGAGAGAAAGAAGGGAGGAAGAAACUGAGGAUCUCGGAGAGCAUGGUUAUAUAAGUGAAGGAAGUCCAGAACACAGUCGACAUAAUCUGGUUACAGAAUAGUAGAGACAAAACGACAUCAUAAAAAUAGGAGUAUUCUUAUAGUCCAGUAUAUAUAUGUGAUUUGGAAAAGGUCCUCGGCUUUUGACAGAAGUUAAUUCUGGAAAUGUUGUGAUGUUAUUUAUAUCAUCCCACACUUACGCAAAACUCAAGCAUUUUUACAAUUGAAAAAAGCUACGGCGUCAGAAAAAGGAGUGUCACGCAUGGAUCAAUAAGGAAAACAUGGUGAAAGUAGGUCAAGCUACCAUGUUGAUUUCUUUUUCUUAGGAAUCCUAAUUUAAGAAGUAGGUACCUGUAUGUGAAAUGAUAUAAUUUUCUGUAAUGGAUGGAAAUUAGAGGUGCAUAAGUUUGUGAUAGUUUAUUUUGAUAUAUUUUGAGCUGUGAUAUUAUAAUAUUGCUGUAAAUGUGUGAUACAGUUUUGUAAAUAUUUUGUGACACAACUUUUUUUUAGAAGUAAAGAAUUCAGACACACAAUGUACAUUAAGAUAUGCUCACCAGGAAUCUUUACUGACAGCCUGUUAAGUGUAAUGUUAACAUUAUUUAUUUUACAAUAAUUGUAAAACAAGUCAUACAAACUUAUAUUAAUCACACUUGUUGGCCUGAAUGAGGUGGUUUUACUUUGGGAGGAAACCAGAGUACCCAAAGUUAACCCACGUGGUCGGGCAUGAGAAGACCCCGUAAGUUUUCAUGUCCGAUCGGGAUUAAUGUACUAGAAAUGUAUUUGUUAUGCUUAAUUAACCCUGUUUACCAAGGAAAUUAUUUUUGUAUUCUUUUUCUAUUGUAAUUGUUCAGUAAACCAAACCAAUUUUAUUGUCAUUCUUUACUAUUGUAACAUAUAUUAAAUAAGAUAAACAACAUUUCAUUGUGAUAAUUAAUUUAAUUUUAAUUGGUAUAAAACUUCAUUCAUGUCUGUUAGUUUUGGGUGACCUUAUAUUAUGGUGUUAAUUAGACAUCAUUCUUGUUUUUGACAUUAAAGUUAUAACUCUCCUUAUAAUGGGUAUUUAACAAUGAUACCCAUUGCAAAAAGAAUUGUGAUGCUACAGUGAAUAUAGAAAUAUCAAAAUUACAUGCAUUUUGACUGAUUUUCAAAGAACUUUUAUGACUUUUUUUCAAUGGAUUUUCUUGAAAUUUGACAAACCUGUUGAGAAUUAUUUGUAUUUAAUAAAUUUCCUCUAAAAUUCACAAACUUGUAGAGAAAAAUUUGCAUCUUCCUCUGAUAAUUUUUGUACAGAAAUUAUUUUCUUUACAUAAAAUUUUAGCAACAUCAUUAUUAAGUAAGAAUAAAGAACAACUAAAUGUCAUAUGUUUAUCUCAGUGCAUGUAUUCUUCUAUUUCUGGAAACUAAACAUGGAAAAAUAUGUAAAAAUUAUUGAAUGGAAGAGCAAAAAAUAUUGUUUGCUAGUGUAAGGAAUUUCAAGAAAAUCCAUUGAAGAACAAAGUCAUAAAAUAUCCAAUGAGAAAUUGUCAAAAUUGUUAAAAUACAACAUGUCCCAAUACUUUAUAAGUGUCUCUAUAUAGGCCUAUUACAUUUUCUUAUACCUACAUUUGCAAAAUGAUAUUACAUAAUCGCAAAAUUGAUAAAGACCUUUGCAAGUUUAGAAAUUAAAUAUCAUUACAAGUGAACUUCAUGGUCAACCUAGCCUAAUAUUUAAAUAGUGUAUAUUAUUAACUUAGAAAUAUUUACAUGUAAUCAAUAACUGUGCUGUUUUUUCUUUAUUUAUUUGAAUUAAACUUCCUUGUAAUUAAUUGAUUAUUUCAAUGUUUUAUUGGAUGAGUGUCCAAAACCUUUUUGAACAUGUGAGUUUUUUUUUAAUGUUUACCUAUUGUGAGGCAAUGUAUGACAUUCUUAUAAUCAAAUUUAUCUUUAUCAAUCAAAAUAACUCUACAUUAGAACUAUUUCUUCAUUUAUAUGUUUAAAUUAUUUCAUCGUAGAGUUUUUAGAAAAUUGAUUUUGACCCGAGAUAUGUAACCCACUCAUACACACUUAAUAAUUAAUGGAAAAAAAAUGUUGAAAAGAUAUUGAAAAUAACAUGUACCUGGAAUACAAAAAUAUACUGGUUAAAUCUAUGAAGAUGAUAAGUUUUUUUUCCUUUUUUUUUAAUUUUUUUUUAUUUUUGAGUUUAUGAAUUUAUUUUUAACCUGUGAAGUUAAUUUCACAUGAUUUUAUUAAUACUCUUAUUUCUAAAAUAUGAACAUCUAAUUAUUUUUGUAGUAAAUAAAUGAUUAUACUUUCUGUCUAAAAACUUUUCUUUUAAAUUGUGUUUAUUUGGUCCAAUACAGGCCCUUAUGAUGUUUCGACCGGAUAUCAAUGCCAAGAUGUUGUCUGGAUUCCUGUAGUGAAGAUAUUCAUUUAGAUUUCAAAUAUUCAUUUAGAUGAAUCUUUCAUUCAUUAUUUUAUAUAAUAUAUAGAUUCCAUAUUACCAGAUUUUUUUAUUAUUUAAAAAUAGGAAAAUUUUAUCAAUCUCCCCCAGAAUGUUUUGAGAUCCCCUAUACAUGUAUAAGCUACCGUAAGGUACCAACAUUUUAUUUGUUAAUUCUAAUGCAAAUAAAAAGAACACUUGAAAUGGUUAGAAGUUUAACUGGAAAGAUAAAGGGAGACAAUUCUGGGAAAUUUAGUUCAAAACAACAAGUGAAAUCCUAUUCUCAGCCCAAUCAUCUCCCUACCUUAACACUAGUAGCAUAAAGGGAAGGAACUCUGAUAGAUCAGAAUGUUGGAUCCAGAAUUUAUCAAAUUCAAUUUUAAGAAAUGGAAGUUAAACAAUUUUCGAGAAUCAGUUGACAUUUGACCAGAGUAACAAAAUGGUUGCUAUAAUGUUAAUAUAUUACUUAUGAAAUGAUAAUGAAUAUUGAAUAUAUGUAUAAUUUAAGCUUGAAUAUUGAUCUAUAAGCAGAUUUCUUUUGGGAUAACUCAAUAUAUUUACUUUAAGGUAAAAAAAAAUGCCUGCUUUGAAAUUAAAGUGCUAUGGGUUGACAGUGAUAAGGGAACUAAGGUUAGAUAUUUAGUAGUAGUUGUUUGGGCAGGAUAAUACAAUUAUUAUAUUAUCCUUUGUUGUAGUUAAUUUACAAUAGAUCUUAGGUGCUACGCAAAGAGAAAUUAAUAUGUUUUUGUUAUACUUACUGUGUGUGGAAUGGCCGUAGAAUUCAGUGAUCUUCCUGUGGGUGUAGGAAUCAGUUUUAUGACCAUUCUACAUCGCUAAGUUCAGUGCCAUUAACCUAUACUGUAUAUUAUACUGAUAAUUAAAUGAAAUUUUCUAGAAAAAAAAAAUCACAAUUUGAUAUGUUACACAAGUUGGGAUCCUAGUAGAGUAAUCAUGUUUUUGUUUUACAACAUUUGGUAUUGUAUACUCGAUUUGUUUUUUAUUGAUAGAUACAGUCUCAUGUUUCAUAUAUAUACAGUUGUGUAUGUCAUUUAUUAUGAAUAUCAUGAAGACAAAACUUAUUUGUACAUUGAUAAAUGAAAGCAAUGGUUUUUUCAGAAAAAAAAUCUUUAUAUCAGUGACCGAGAUGGAGAACUUAUCUAUGAAUUGUAUAUCAUAUACAGUGGUGUACUUCGCUGUUAGAUGAACUAAUGUUUCAGUACCACAUAUCAUUGACUGAAUAUGGUGUACUUCGCUGUUAGAUGAACUAAUGUUUCAGUACCACAUAUCAUUGACUGAAUAUUUCAAAAAAGAUCAUGUAUAUAUUUAUCUGAAUUUUGGGAAAUAGGUGGGAUUUUUUGUUUGAUAUCUGUUGAAACAAAAACGGUAUAUUCCUAACUGUUUCCCGGGUUCUAUAUUUAGAUUAUGUUGAUAUUAUCAUUUUAAUAUGAUGCUAUUAUAACUCUACAGUAACAAUGAGAAUGAUAUUCUAUUGCUCUUAGAUUCUAUUGUUCUUCCUUCCGUCCAUUUAUAAUUUACUGUUUGAACUUAUAUCAUUUAGAAAAUAUAUUUGUUAUACUACAUUUUUACUGUAUUUGUAAAACUUGAUGUGAUUGGACAAAAAAUCUACCGGUAUGUAGUUCAUGUGUGAGUCUUUUUGAUUGGCUGACAGAGGGAACAUAUGCUGCUCAUUUUGUAUACAGUAUUAUAUUCACAUUGCUGAAUCUCAUAGUGGAAAAUGAUACAAUGUAACUGUUUCACAAGAAAAUAAUUUCAUCAAUACUCGAUACACAGGAACUUGUCACAAAUUUCCAAUUAACCAACGGUCUGUAUAUGUUUAUUAUAUAUUGAAGGCGGGUUGUGAAUUUUUACCAAGUCCCUGUGCCCUAAAGCGUUUUAGAUUCUCAAGUUUUAUCCCUGUCAUCUGACCAUAGAGGCUGAAUUCUCCCUUGUGACAAGUUGUCUGUUGUAUCAUGCAGGGAAAUUACAUUGUUACUUCUUUUUUCAUUCUAGCUAGGAUUUCGCUUUUAUUUAUUCAUUUUGAUAGAUAGUUUUGUUUUAAAAAGUAUUACGCAUUAUACCAAGAAACUGUAAAAACUUAGUCCAUAGAUUUACCUGAAAUAUCACAGUUUAAUAAAGAGAUAUUUUAUUCCAAUCAGGCUUUUAAUAAUCAAAUAAGAAUAAUAUGUCACUUUUUGGAGAAUUUUCAUGUUUUGUUUUUGUUUUCUUAAUAUUCCACUCAUUGAGAGUACUUCUGAACCCUCCAUCUUUCCGCAUUGUCCUGAGCAUCAGAUUAAAGGGAGGUAAUUCCUACCUUUGAUUGUUGAAUGCAUUAUCGAUUUGAAACUUACAGACCACUGUGUAACACUUAGUAUAUAAAAAGUAAUACAGAUCCAAACAUGUAUUUGAAUUUGAAUUUUCCAGUUUUAAGAAUGAUGUUGUAUUACAUACAUCAGUUAGCAUUGUUAUUUCCUUUAAAUGGAUGUUAUAUCCUUACAAAGUUAUUGAAUAGUUCUGCACUGUUAAAUGUGUUAUUUCAUUGAUUAGAACACAUAUAUUUUGAGGAUUUAUAAAAUGCCUUUGUGCUGAUGUUUGAAUUUUUUUUUUCAUUUAAAAUGUUAAGUGUUUAAAAUAAGUAUCUUUUUAGUUUGAAUGAAUUUUGUAAAUUUCUGUUGCAUUUGUAUGAAAAUAUAUUGUGCUAUAAUUAUGAAUUAUAGACCUUAGGUGAGGUCAAUAUGGUGUUAUACCAACCUGGUAGAAUCAAAUAUUAACCGACGAAGAAACACGAGGUCAGUAUUAUAAAUUCUACCAGGUUUGUAUAAUACCAUAUUGACCGAAUCAAAGGUCUUCAAUUUUUAUAUUGGAUCUGAAAUUUUUUUGCAAAAGGCUGGAGUUGCAUUAUAUUUAUCAUGUUUAUGACCUCAUAACCAUUGUGACAUACUUUUAUAAUACAUCUUACUGGAGGAGUCUCGGCUGAACACCGGUGGCCACACUGCUGAAAGGUUAGAGCGCUGAUCUAGAAUUUGGAGGUCUGAGGUUCGAGUCCUGGCCUGGCUGUUGUUACUUUCCUUUCCAGUUAUAUUUGUUGAUUAUGUACAGAUACAUGAUUUAUUCAGUUUUCAAUGCAUCAAAAUAAGAACGAUAUGCCAGUAAUUUUCAAAAUUACAAAAUAUAUAGGGAACUUAUAAUGAUAAUAAUACUUUGAAGUUCUUACAUACUGUUAUAUCACAUCAUUAUUUAAAAGAAGUCUCUAAGUCGUUCACAAAUUAUUACCCAUGAUAAUUGGCCUUUAGGAACCUGCCAUCAAUGUCUUUCUCAACUCCCUGGGGAUUAUGAAGCUGGAGCUGCCAUUUCAGUGCUAACAGCUUUACACACGACAUUUCCUGUACUGCCUUAUCACAUACUCAAACACUGAGUCUACUGGAAACUCAGCUGAGUAAAGUAUCUUGUUCCAGGAUACAACACACUGUGCCUAUGCCAGGACACGAACUAGCGACCCUUCAGUCUCCCUCGUGUCCUACCACUAUUGGCCACUGGGCCUCUGACUGAUCUGUGAUAUUACUCUCUUUAUUUGGCAAUUCUAGAAAUAGUGUUCAUUAACCAUUGUAUACCUGUAUAUUCUUUAGAACAUUUUUCUAUAGGAAGCAUUUCUAUUUUUAUUCAAAAAGUUUUUGAUAAUUUUGCUUGUUAUAUUAUUGUUUAUGUUAAUAUCAAGGCUAAAAUAUUCUCAUUUCUGUAGCCUACAUCUUAUAAACCCUACCUUUCCUUUAUAAACUAAGAUUAAAGUUGAACUAUUUUGCAGAUUUAAAAUUCAGGAUAAUCAAUUUACCAUCCUAGAUUUAAGAGGUUUUAGAAGUCGUAUAAAACUUUCCAUGAGAUUUGGAGUAUCAAAACCAUCCAUGUACCAUAUAUUGUUCAACAGCCAUCCCCCUUUCAAACCUGAUAAUGAAAACUCAUAUUUGUGAAUUUGAAAACAUGCUCUCAGGUGUGUAUGUACCAUGUUCUAAAGCCCUGAUGUUUUUUAUUGCUUGGCUUAAGGAUUGAAGACAAAUUUUAAUGAACAAUUAAUAUGCCUUCUGAGGAAAGGACUUUAUUUAUAUUCCUGUUAUCUCUUCAUUCUUUAUAUCUUUGAUAAAUAGAUAUUUUAAAAUGAAAUAAUUCCGUCCAAAGAAUCUUGAGAAAAUAGUCUACCUCCAAAUCAUAGACUUCAGAAAGCUGUCUCAUUUUUGUUAUAAUCUUACCUGUACUUGUGGGGAUCUCUACUGAUAAUCAGAGAUGUCAAAAAUACUGGGUUCUCUCCCUUUAUCUAUCAGAAAAGAUUCUAUAAACUUGAUAAUGUUGAUGAUGUUUUUACUUUUAAUUUUUGUUUUGGGGAUAAAAGAUUUAGAUUUUAUGUCCAUGUCAUCAAAAACAGAUUACACAUGUGCAUUGUUGUUUAAAAAUAUUUCUUAGAUUAUAAUAUUAAAGUUCCUUUUGUACCUGUAA